UGAAAAAACACCUUCUGUCAAACAAACGUCCGCCAAAAUGGAUUUACAAGACUUUGUGGUACGAUUUUUCAUCUCGUCCCUGUACUAUUUGGGACUAAAGCAACUGAUCAAAAUUUUGUAUAGAAAAUAUUGCGAAAUAAAGCCCAUGGUUCGACGAUAAAAGUACCACAAGGGUGGAGAAAAUUUGGGGCUAAAUUUCAGUUUUAGGGGUCAAAAUGGUUGCCGAUACAUUUUUAACCUCAAAUAGGGAAAAUUAUAAGUGGCCGUAUCCUAAGCCGUUAAUAUCGAGUCCAUCCCAACCACCAAUAAAAACAAAACCAAACAACUGCUAUGUUGCGAAAUUGGUGGAACCUUAUUGUCACUGCGACUUUCAUUUAUACGAACCGGAAAUGGGUCGGUACAUGAAAUUAGCAAAUAAGGAGAAAGCUCUGUACGAAGAAUUGGAUAUACUAAAGCAAAGGAUGGCUGUUUUAGUAAGCGACAUCCUAGAUCAUCCAUGUGACACUGACGAUGAAAAGAUGAAGACUAUAUAUGAGACCGACUACGUCAAACGAGGUUUAAAUUUGGUGCAAUACAGAAAACUAAUGCCAGCAAUAGAUUCUCCCGUGGGAAUCCCUGUGAAAAGUGAAACCAUCGGAUUAGGAAGGGGGUACAGAGACGUAACCAGAUUCCGCUAUUCGGAAAUUCAGAAACCGUUUAUCGACGUUUGCGCACCUGUAUCUUUCACGCGAACUCCAACACUAGUAGACGAAUGGUUUGCUCCUAGAACUGGCCACACCGAAUAUCAAGAUUCGUACAGUAAAGUUGGUUUAAAUAUUUUGAAAAGCAGUCAACAAUAUGCGGAACCACUGCCGUCUUCUAGAAGGAAACCUGAUAGUAGAUGCUAAUAAAAUAAAUAAACCGUCAUUUGUUCAGUGAUUAAUAUAUUUCAAAAUUUUCCGUGUUUAAA